GCACAAAUGUCUCAGCAUGCACAGGCACACUCACUCACACAAUACACAGUAUAUGUUUAGAGAGAGAAAAGUUAGUGACAGAAGCAACUGCAUUUGGUGAGAAGAAGACAGAGUUUGCAUUACCCCAUAAUAUGCAGAUAAGGACGUAUCUGCUACAUUUACUGCAAAAGCAAACUUGGUUUCUUCUGUUUCCUUUUCCCUAUAUAAAUCACCCUCCACUCCACCCUUCCCUUGCUUCUUCUUCAUCAGAACAUUUCCAUUUUCUUGAAAAUAGUAUUAGUUCUACAUCCUUUCUUUCUGUCUGUCACUACUUGGAAAAUGGGUAACGGAGACGCCUUGCAUUUGACGUUUGGGAUUAUUGGAAAUGCUACUGGUUUGUUUCUGUUCCUAUCUCCAACCGUUACGUUUAAGAGGAUCAUUGCGAAGAGAUCUACUGAACAAUUCUCCGGCAUACCUUAUGUCAUGACAUUGCUCAAUUGCUUGCUCGCCGCCUGGUAUGGUCUGCCUUUUAUCACAACAAACAACUAUUUAGUGUCUGCUAUAAAUGGAGUUGGUGCAUUGAUUGAGUCAAUUUAUGUACUGAUUUUCCUCAUAUUUGCACCUAAGAAGGAGAAGGCCAAGAUUCUUGGUCUUCUUGUCUGCAUUCUUACACUAUUCUCAGCUGUUGUCUUAGUUUCUCUUUUUGCCUUACACAAAGAGAAGCAAAGAAAGUUGGUUUGUGGUUUUGCUUCCACAAUAUUCUCCAUCAUAAUGUAUGCUUCUCCUUUAUCAGUCAUGAGGGUGGUGAUCAAGACCAAGAGCGUUGAGUACAUGCCCUUCUUAUUAUCAUUGUUUGUGUUCCUCUGUGGUUGUUGUUGGUUGGUAUAUGGAUUAAUCGGGAAGGACAUUUUUCUAAUUGUGCCUAAUGGAUUUGGGACUGUACUAGGAACAAUGCAGCUAAUUUUAUACACCAUUUACUACAAAAAUGAAGGUGAAGCCAAGAAACCAACCAUGGAUGGAUCCCUGGAAAUGGGACUGAACAAUCCUUAUCAGCUUGAGAAGCAACCUAAUUGUUCAUAAUUGAAUUUCUGAAGUCUCGCCUCUUAUGCAAGAAAACCUACUUUUAUUUUAUUUAAUUUCUCUUCCCUUUUUUCUUUUUUUGGUGUAAAUUGUAACUGUAUCUGUUUCUAACUUACGUUUCCAGUUUUUAUUAGUAUGUAUUUUUCUAUAGAAGCAAAUGAAUAUGUCUAUUAAUAAUGUUCAAACA